UUUCGUUCACCCUGUUUGUAUACAAAACAAACUGUUGUCAAAUAGAAAUUUCCUAUUUUAAAUUUAAAUGCCCAGUAUAAAAAUAUACUUAUUUAAAAAUCCUGGCAUGGUAUAUAAAUACUAUCUAAUAGCCAGGUUUAGAAAAUAAUCAACAUUCUAACCUAAUUCAAUUUCCUUUAAAAAUACUUGUCGAUAAUGCCAGCCAAAGUGAAGGUAAAAAUUAUUGCCGGGAAGAAUUUGCCAGUUAUGGACCGUUCCAGCGACACUACUGAUGCAUAUGUCGAAUUAAAGUUAGGCGGAACGACGUAUAAAACUGAAGUGUGCAGAAAAUCUCUAAAUCCGCAAUGGAAUUCCGACUGGUAUCGGUUCGAGAUGGACGACUCGGAGUUACAGGAUGAGCCCUUGCAAAUACGGCUAAUGGACCACGAUACAUAUUCGGCGAACGACGCUAUAGGAAAGGUUUAUGUAGACUUAAACCCCCUACUUUUACCGUCCAUUCCGGUUAUGCCAAAAUGCAGAUGGAGCGGCGACCCUAGCAGUAAUGGGGAGCAUAGUACGAACUCGUUGUUGUCUGGUUGGUUUCCCGUGUAUGAUACCAUGCACGGGAUUCGGGGGGAAGUCAAUGUAAUGGUGAAAGUGGAGCUUUUCUCGGAUUUUAACAAGUUCAGGCAAUCUUCGUGUGGUGUCCAAUUUUUUUGCUCUCCCUCUGUACCACAUGGGUAUGCCAUACAGAUGUACCACGGGUUUGUAGAAGAAUUAAUAGUAAAUGACGAUCCCGAAUAUCAAUGGAUAGAUAAAAUUCGCACUCCGAGAGCUUCGAACGAGGCGAGGCAAACUUUGUUUUUUAAGCUCGCUGGGGAGUUAAGGCGCAGAAUCGGAGUGAAAGCUUUAGAGCUUGGAGGAAAUGCCGUUAUAGGUUAUAGCCAAUGUUUUGAUCUGGAGGGGGAGUUGGGUGUCGUUGUACGUGGUAUAGGUACUUCGGUGACUUUGACCAAAUUGAGGGAUGUGCCGCCUUUGACUAUUUUAGAAAGCAAUAAUGAAGAGCACGCCUUAGAUAAUUUGCAAUUCCUUCGCUGCGAUAAAGGCUUUCAUUUAGAUCGUAGUUACCCUAAUAAUAUUAUUAAUAAUAAUAGUGUGUUGUCUCCGAAUUCAUUUUAUUCAUCCCAAGCGAGCGAGUUAACUUACCCCGGAAUUAAACAAAAAAAGACACUCUCACGCCAUCUAUCAUAUAACGAAUUCACUACAAUGAAGUCUACCCUCUCGCUUAACCAAAAUGUUUUCGGCACAACUAAAGACCACUCAUCUUCCCUGCAAACAUUAUUGCGGCAAGAGGACUUACGAGGAGUGCCCGCCAAAAGUAUUGCCCAAACGUUCAAAAAUUUUAAAUAUUCUUCCCAAAAUCUCUUAUCGAAAAAAAUGACCGCUUUAAAAGCGAAGCUUUCCGAUUCGGAAAUGCAAGAGGAAGAUCAUGAUGGUGAGCAUCGACCAGGAGCUAGAAAAAAGCGCACUCUAUUUCACUCACAAAGCAGUAAUGAUUCGAACCCUUUGGCCGAAUUGCUUGUCCAUUCAAUAAUGCACAGCAGUUUAGAACGCAUUGGAAACGAGGGCGACAGCUGGUGCGAACCAGAAAAUUUAGAUCAAAUCUCCAAUGAUUCUUCUACAACUUCAUCCAGCUCAGAUGAAGAUGAAACUGCAUCCAGCAAUGUUAACUAUGACACUGUAAGCAACAUCAUAAAAAAUUUAAAUACUGUACCUGAUGUUGAGAAACUUGCACCUUUAGCAACAGGUGAAAGUUUUGAUAUUGACGAGCACAGUUCUUGCCACUUUACUAUUGGCACUGAGGGGAAUGAUUCCGAAAGUGGCGAUAGUAGUCUCAAAAGCGAAUUUUUUAUGAAAGAGUCUAUUAUUCCUUCAGUACAUAUGACUGAUGACGCAAUUGAACGUCAAAGUUUGACCGAAACGGCAAUGAAAGUAAUGCUUCUCGACAAAGUUCAAUUAAUGGGCACAUACACUCCUCCAUCUUCUCCAAAGUGUGCAACUAAAAAAAUAAAAUUUAUGCCGGACUUGAGUGAUAGUAAUUCAUCAUCACAUAUUCCUUCCGUUCACCUAUUUAAACGGCCUGUCAAUGCAGAACUUGACAAAGGCAGUAAUAAUAUGCAUGCAAGCUUAGCCCAUUCUCCUAGGACUAUCAUUUCACCUGGAACAGAGUUAAGUAAAUGCGACUCCGGACAUCACCGAACCGAGUCCGUCAGCGGAAAGAUAUCCCAAUCUCCUGGAAAAUUCCAAUCCAUUCCGUUUAUGAAUCGUCGCUCUUCGGAUUCCGACUUAAGCAUCACUCCAAAGGGAUUCUUUAGGAAACGGAAUAGUCUAACAGGAAGUGAUAAAUCCUCUGGAUUGCAUAACGCGUAUAUCUCAAGAAUUGCACCGAUGGUCCAUACAAGUAUUCCCCAGAACAAUUUUGAUAUGUUAGAGUACCCCUUCAUGACAAUAUAUAAAUUCCCCCCAGGAUUUGUGAUGUAUUUGGGUGGCGUCGUGAGCGCACGAUCUGUCAAGCUUUUGGAACGCAUUACGAAUCUCGAGGAACCAGAAUCUCGCGAUACUUGGUGGACAGAGUUACGAAUGGAAAUAAGGUCGCACAUGAGAUCUUUGCAUUGCAAUGCAGUUCUUGCAUAUUCUGAAACAUCAAGCAUAAGUGAUGACGUAUGCGUGCUUAGCGCCAGCGGGACCGCGGCGGUCAUACGAUUUUAUAGUCCGGAGGAAAUGGCGGAGGGUUUAAGCAGUUUACCGGGUGGUUCGCGACACACUUCCGGCAAUAAAGAUGUUAUGGCAUCGUCGUUGGAACGCAACGAUUUUGAAAGGGAACGAAUACAUCAAAAACAAGAUCUCGGAUUUAAUUCGAAGCCACUUCCCGAAAGCCCCGAAAAUGAAACUGUUCCAAACCAUACGAGUAUUAACACAAUAUCUCCUUGUUCAAUAUGCCAUUUACCUUACAUUAAUAACUCCGUGCCAUUACGUACAAUUUCGUCCAAAUGCGCCUUUUGUAGAUUUGGUAAAGUUCCAGAUGUCUUAAUGGCCACGAUUGAAAUUCCAGAAUCUGUGCCAUCAGUUGGUCGUGGUUGUUUUGUUCAGGCCUACGUUUGCAGACCGUUGAAAGAUUUACGUAGCGAAUUAAAUGCCAAAGAUAUUUCGGAUGGUUUACCUUUCCUCGAAUAUGAGCUACACCGUAUUUUGGUGAAUAAAAUACGAAUUAAGGGAAUGAAUGCUGUGUUCGGGCUCAGAAUUAGAAUUUCGGUCGGUACCAAGAUGUUGGUCGGCAUCGCGACUGGCACUGCAAUGUUUUUGUUGCCAUUACCUUCACCUCCUUUACCAAAACUUGUUUCCAUAGGAUCUAUAGAUGAAAAACAAUUGACUAAGAUGCAGCAACACUUGUAUGACACCAUUCAAGCGAACAAGGAGAUAUACCAUUUGAAAACUAAUGAACACUUGUUAAACUCUCGUUUGUCUCCAGAUGAUGAGCAUCCACAAGAAGAGGAGCAAUCAUUUCUUGAUCUUUCAACCGAAAACCGAGAUUGUUGCAUAUUGGAGGUUGAAGACUCUGAAGAUAAAGAAAUAAUGGAACUUCUCCGCGAGCCUCCUCCGCCUGAUGGUUUUCACGUGAUAAAUACAGAGGUCAUACCGGGAUUAGAUGAAAUGGAAGUUAUAAAAAAUUUACAAAUGUUCACUCAAAUUUGGAGGUCCAAAAUUUAUCCCUCGUACAAUUUCGGAUUGCACAUUUCCAAAUUAUUACAAAGUGUGUAUUUCAAAUUACGGCGAAUGGUUCCGUGCGCACUCUGCAAUUUGAAGUUUCGCAUUGAUCUACCGGAACCCGACGAAAUACAACUAACUGUGUUAGGAAUGGCGUUAGAACUUAGGAAAUCGGUAAAACCAAGGAAGAAGAAUAUUCAUACGUCCUUACGGGAAUCAACCCAAAUAACCACAGAAGAAGAUAUGAUGUUUAAUCUGGAAGAAGAUCCUGCCGAUUGUAAUUCCUUAAGCGUUCAACCGGCGAAGAGUAGGACUCGAUCUCCAUUCCGUAGUGCUCCAAUUGCUUCGAACGUGGCGCUUCCUAGGGAAAAACGUAGUAUCGAUAUAACGCAGUUGUCGUACGUACCGGGCGGUAAAAUCGAAAGGUAUUUAGGAAAUUUGAACUUCUUUUUUAUACGCGAAACGACGUCAAUCAGAGAGGAAGGCGGACUCAGCGGAUUUAUUCAUACUUUCGUCACUGAAGUAUUGGCGAUAGUUAGAGCUCAUAUAGCUGCAUUAGGAGGAAAUGCGAUGGUUGCCUACUACAUGACUGAGUGCGAUUUCUCGCAUAGUGUACAUAAAAAUCAGGGACAAUGCCUUAUCAACGUCGGUGGAGACGUGGUUUUUGUUUCUUACUACGCGGAGAAAUAAGUUACAAUCUCGAUGAAUAGAAGCUUAUGUAAUUAUAUACGUCCAGGUAUAGAGGUAUUGCCUUUCAAUUUGUAAUUCGAUCGUAGGUUAUCACCUGUGGCAAUUCAGAGUUACUGUUAAUAAAAGCGUUUAUUGUAAA